AUGUGGAAUAGGGCUGCUGGAUGGAUCAAGGAGUCAGCUGGAGAGGUGUUGGGUGUCUCGAGGGAUGUUAAGAAGAAGGUGGAGACGAAGAAGGUUGUUUAUGCUAAAUGGAUUGAGAGUAAGGCUGAAGAGGAGAAGCGGGUGAGCAGGAAGGAGUACAAGUUAUCUAAGAAGGAGGCUAAGUUAGUAGUUACGGCUGCUAAGACAGCAGCUUUUGAGAUUCUGUAUAAGGGUUUAGAGGAGAAAGACGGGGAAAAAAUGUUGUUUAGGCUUACCAAGAUUAGGGAGCGGAAGGGUCGGGAUCUGAACAAAGUGAAGUGUAUUAAGGGGGAGGAUGGCAGAGUAUUGGUGGAAGACGCCCUCAUUAAGAAAAGAUGGCAGUCGUAUUUUUCAUAG